AUGCUGUUGGGUACAUAUGCCCGUUGGGCGGUUAUCCUUUUAGGAAGAAUAAAUUAUUUAAAUACAGGUAUAGACUGGACACGCGCUGUAUUGGGAACAUACCUUGCAGCUGGAGCCCACACCCUAUCCGAAAUUCCUGGUGAAAGAGCUCUUUCAAAUACAUGCUUUGCGCAACUGAUAGCUUUCUUUUAUGGUCAGGAUGACCAAGGACUGCGCCGUCAAGCUUUCGACGAUAUUCUGUGGGUGGUACUCGGCUGGUUAGAGGCAAUAAAGAUGAUAGAUUAUCGCAAGGAGACCUUCGAAGAUUCCGAAUGGGCAGGGGCGGAAUGGCGGAAGCCUUUUGCGCAACGAGCGCUCGAGUUCUACCUUCUCGCUGAGGGAGGUUGGGAUACUGCGCUCUGCGCCGGCGGGAUGCUCUGGAGCCCUUACCUGGAUCCCUACAAGAACGCCAUAACGAACGAGUUGUAUAUAUCUGCUAGCAUCGGAAUGUACCUUUACAACGGCGAUCGGAAUGAGCGCUAUUUAUUCAAUGCGAUAAGAGGGCACGAAUGGUUAAGGAAUAGCAACAUGACAAACAAACAGGGGCUUUAUACCGACGGCUUCCAUAUCUCGAAUGUCAAAGGUGUGGGGGAGAAGAUAUGUGAUGUCAGGGACGAAAUGGUUUACACGUACAACCAGGGUGUGCUCCUAAGUGGGCUACGUGGGCUCGCAGAAGCAACAGGCGACGAAGGGUAUUUAUCAGAAGGAUUCGAACUGGUGGAUGCCGUAGUGACGAGCGAGAACCGUGUGGGGGAGAUUGUCCGUGACGGGAUUCUCACAGAAAAGUGCGACAUUGGAGGGUACUGUUCUCAGAAUGGCCACAUGUUUAAAGGCAUAUUCUUCCACCAUUUGACGCUUUUCUGCGAGCCUCUGCCUACCGUAUCAUCCAACAGCGCUCUCAGCGGAGCAGCAAGAUCCCGGCACCUUGAGCGUUGCACAGAUUUACACAAUUUCAUCCGCAAGAACGCUGCGGCAGCAUGGAGCACCCGUAACCUGAAGGGCGUUGUCGGAACCUGGUGGGGUGCACCGAAGCAUGUGUCCUCUUCCGACAAGUUCGAGACAAUUCUGGACCCCGGAGCCGUAGAUAUUCAGAACGGCGGCGGGAUCGGUCGCCCGCUAUCCAUUCCGAUGGACAACACACCAGGCGGAGACUUGAACGACAGGGGUCGCGGAAGAACCGUUGAGAGUCAUUCGGGUGGAUUAGCGGCUUUGAGAGCCGUCUUGCGAGUCGCUGAGAGGAGUUAAACCGUUAUAUACCACCCUACGGUAGUAGAAAUAUCCUGUUUUCUUCUUCUCCUUUUUAGAUUCCUUUCUAUAUUGCCUCCUACAGUAUAAUAUACCAAUGCCCUAGGAUUUUUAGGCUGUAUGUGUUGGGAUCUCCUUGUCGAUUUUUAGUUAGGCACGAAACGGUACUCGCCCGUAUAUCAGGGCCAUGGUGCGGUACCAUACAUGAAUAGAGGGGGGCUUAGCCCUAUUAUGCAUAGCGAGCGAGGAUACUUUCUAUCAAUUUGUUGGCCACCUCGAUGCCUUUCAA